UUUGAUUAUUAAUGCCUGUUGGUGGAUUUCGCGCGAAAUAAGCGCUGUCCCUCGCGCAUGCGAAUACCAGUGUAUCACUAAACAGAGCAGCCCAUAUUUUCAUUGGUGUUUGGAAGUCCCACAGUUAAUCGCAAUGGGAAUUCACGGGCUUGCGAAGCUGAUUGCAGAUCACGCGCCUUCGGCCAUCAAGGAUCAAGACAUCAAAAACUAUUUUGGGAGGAAAAUCGCCAUUGAUGCAUCCAUGUGCAUCUAUCAGUUUUUGAUUGCGGUCAGACAGGACGGUAAUGUUUUGCAGAAUGAAGAUGGCGAGACCACCAGCCACCUAAUGGGCAUGUUCUACAGGACCAUCCGAAUGCUGGAAAGUGGCAUCAAGCCAGUAUAUGUGUUUGAUGGGAAACCUCCUCAGCUGAAGUCAGGAGAGCUGGAGAAGAGAGGAGAAAGAAGAGUGGAGGCUGAGAAACUUUUAGCUCAGGCUCAAGAAGCAGGUGAACAGGAGAACAUUGAAAAGUUUAGCAAGCGCUUAGUAAAGGUCACCAAACAACACAACGAGGAAUGCAAGCAGCUUCUCACUCUAAUGGGAGUGCCAUACAUUGAGGCUCCAUGUGAGGCUGAGGCUAGCUGUGCUGCUCUGGUAAAAGCAGGCAAGGUGUACGGAACAGCAACAGAAGAUAUGGAUGGUCUGACAUUUGGAACAUCAGUCCUGUUGAGACAUUUAACUGCCAGUGAAGCAAAAAAGCUCCCUAUACAGGAGUUUCAUUUUAGUCGUAUUCUGCAAGAAAUGGGUCUGACACACCAGCAGUUCAUAGACCUAUGUAUCCUGCUGGGAUGUGACUACUGUGGCACUAUAAAAGGAAUUGGACCCAAGAGAGCCAUUGACCUCAUUAAACAGCACGGUUCUAUUGAAGAGAUUCUUGAGAACAUUGACCCCAAUAAACACCCAGCUCCAGAGGAUUGGCUGUAUAAAGAGGCUCGGGGGCUCUUUUUGGAGCCUGAGGUCGUGGACGGCAGCUCUGUUGAGCUCAAGUGGAAUGAACCUGACGAGGAGGGACUGAUUCAGUUCAUGUGUGCUGAUAAACAGUUCAGUGAGGACCGCAUCCGAAAUGGCUGCAAGAAGAUUAUGAAGAGUAGACAAGGAAGCACCCAGGGCAGGCUCGACACAUUCUUUUCUGUUACUGGAUCAAUCUCCUCUAAACGCAAGGAGCCGGAAAUAAAGGGCUCUGCCAAGAAGAAGCAGAAGACAAGUGCAAAACCAGGCAAAUUCAAAAAGGGCAAAUAAAAGAUUUCAUUCAGAUGAGAAGUUCAGAGUCAUACUGAGAAUCAAAACAUAACAUUGCCUUUGAAAAUAUUUAAUAAACUUUUAGGAUUUUUUUUUUAAAAUACCCUGUUUUCUGUUUACAUUAUAUCUUGAAUAAAGAAAACAAAUGAAUGAAAAUGUGUUUUGUUUAUUUGGUUUGUUUGGCAUACAUACUGCCUCGUUUUAGGAGGACACUGUCACAGUUUUAAGAACAAAUAUUUUUUUUUCUUUUGGGGUUUGAACUCCGAUCCAGAAUGUUUGUGCUAUAAUGCCACAUUAUUGUAGUGGUAAUAUUAAUUAACUCUAUGGCAAAGUCACUUUGCUGUUGGGAUGAAAAGCAGCUUUG